AUGCUUCUUCGACAUUGCUUGUUUCCUUUACUCGUGGUCCCCUUCAGCCUGGGCCAGGAAGAUCCAGUAGCAUUGGAGAGAUUCUACGAUCACCUCAAAAUUUUUCGCCAGGUGUUUAGUGUAAAAAAUGAUCCAGAGAAGCUCUCUAUGAUCAGAGAACUGGUCCACAGGGCGUUUUCAUCAAUACCGGCAACAGAAAUCGACAAAUCAACACACUUCAGCUUCUUGGCCAGUGGUAUCACGACUUCACAAGAGAUGCGAUACUCUAUCUUGCCAUUCGAGCCAUUGAAACCGCCAUUGAUUACUGAACGGCCCACAUCGCAUACGCCUUCUAAAACGGCAACCACGCCAAGCGAGACUACGGACGAUAAAUUUUUGAUAGAUUUAGAAAAUCGUCUGGAGCGUGAUAUGAUGAAAACAACGAGCUCCUCCUCUGCUACUGAUAAUAUUUUUGAACUCCCCCCUCUUUUCUCAAGCACAGUUAAUGACAUACCAUUCCCAGGCACAACACCUUUGCCAGUGAUUGAAUCUGAUUUACAUUUCUCGUCGACAAUUGAUGACCUUGUGCCCACUUUAUCAACAAAAGGCAGCACGAAGAAAGCAAUAGCAGGGCUAAAAUCCCCUAACAGGAUCCAGAUCAAACCUCAGUUCAGACACCACAAGUCCAACGCAGCGGUUAAACCAGGUAUUUAUGCAAAACCAAAGGUUGCGUGGUAUGGAAACCACCUUCAAAUGAUUCAAACAAGCAUCCGGUUGGAAACGUUGUCAUUAACGCCAACUACAACACCUCCUAUGACCGCAGCAGUGAUUACCACAACAAAGAUAGUCUCGGAAAGCACGAUGACAUCAGAGAGCACGACGGUUUCAUUGCAUCACCUUGAUAGGCGACCGAGGGAGGACUUCUUCGAUUACGCAAGGCGAAUCUACCCUGUGGUGAAGACCAUGAUUGAGGGAACGGAAUCACAGAACAAUUCGACACAACCAGUAAAUGAAAGGCCAAAUAGCACGACAAAGUCAAAACUAACGAAGCACAGUGAGUCUUCAAGCAAUUACUUUGAAUCUUCUACACUAGAGUCGAAUGUCUCGUUCAACAUGCCGUUGAUGAUCGAUUCGUCAUACAAAACUGAGUUGCCUUUCCUCGCCACAAAGAAAAAGGCGAACACCGAAACUCGACCCAAUCCGAGAAGGUCCAGCAUUUACGCCUUAUUCACAAACUCGGCGGUGCUGUCGUCAACAUUUUCGCUGGCGACAGCCAUUAUAGUUUUUGCUUUCUUCGUUUCAUUUUUAUGA